CCUCACAAUCUAGUCGUACGACGUCCGCCGCUGAAACCGCGGACGCGUCAAAAUACGCGUUUCUCUCUUUCUCACAGUCAGACUGUUAUUGCAACAUAGCAAUAUAUCGUGCGAUAAUUUUAUGCCGAGCAAAAGGGAAAAAAAAAUUGUAGGCGCCGUCGUUUAUUUAAAAAAAAAAAAAAAAAUCGAUAAUAUUUACAAAAAGAAUAAAUAAAUGAAGUAAUUCAACGAUUGUAGAAAUUUGUUAUUUGCAAUUCUGCAAGAUAAAUGAAGCGAUAACAGAAUAUAAUAGAAAAAGAAAAAAUGAGAUAAGCGAAUAGAAGAAAAGUAAUAAUUUGGGUAUCUUGUGAAAAUAAAUUACUUUCAAAUUUAUUCUAACUGCAGGAAAUGAUUAAUCAAUGAUGACGACCACGAUGAAAUAUAACGACGUUUUAAACUUAUAGUUUUUACCAUCCGAAAAAGUGAAGUUUUUUUCGGAUAUAAUCGAAUGAAUAUAACCGAUUGAAGUAUAACCAUCGCAUGGUAAAAUAAGAUAAUUCAUCUUGCGUUAAAAUAUCUGCUAGAUCGGCGGAGACGAACGGGAUGAGUUACUCGUUAGGGAAUAUUGAAUUUAAUUUUGAUUAAAAACAAAACUAAAGACAACAAAAGCUGAAAAAUUGUUUUGCCAGUAAGCGAUACGUUCUGUUAAAUAAAUAAACAAAUAAAUAUGUGAAGAAAGAAAAUAUAAAUAAAAUAAUAAUUGUACGUAAUAAUAAGGAUGUUUGGUUUUACAAUCAGUAAUACUCAAUGGUAUUGUUGAUCACCGUAAAACGAACAGUGCCAUACGUUCUUCGAUAAUUUUAUUACAACCACCACUAUUACUACGACUACUACUACUACUACUACUACUACUACUACUACCACCACCACUACCGCUACUAAAGCUACUCUACCUCGGUACGGCAAUGACUUCCGGAAAUUUGCGUACCGAAACAACCGUACAGUCAGGGUGUGCCGCUAGUACCACCAGAGUCUGAAACAACCGAGGACGAAGAGCGAAGACCGAAGGGCAACGGGGGCUUCGGGCGUCCGAGGACCGGGCUGUUUUUCCAAAUUAAGUGCUCAAGUGCCUCUCAUUCCCCCCGCUCUCUCCCUUCCCGCCUCUCUCCUUUACCACCCUUUCCCAUUUCUUCUCCUCCUUCAUCUUUUCCUUGCAAUCUACUCUGGGAAAUCAUAAUUCCAUCUCUCGCGGAUAUUAACAGCACCCGGAAAAUUUAAUAAGUGGAACUCGUCAUUAAAAUAUUCGUCGCGAAGGCCUUGUGCUUUAUCUCCCUCUUUUUAUUCUUCCUCUUCUUUUCUCCGUCAUCAUUUUCUCUUCAUUUUCGUUCUCUUCCUCUUCAUCUUCUACUCUUUCUUCGUCUAUUUCCUUCGAGCUUUUUUUUCGGUUGUUAUUAUGAGUGAAUUAUCAUUUUUUUCUUUCUUUCUCCCUACUUGCCAUUUCUUACCACGAAAUUCUAGUACGUCUACCCUGGAAUCGGUUGUACGAGGCGGGGGUGAAUAAAAAUGAAUCGUGAAUUUCACAGUGCGAGAAUAAUUAAAAGCGAUAAAUUAUUUUUAGACUCGUAGUGUAUUUCGCAACGGUAAUUGUAUAUAUUAUGUAUUUAAUGACCGAUGAAAGAGUGAAUAAUAAUCGUAAUAAAGUAAUACGAAAAAUUUUCGGGAUUGAAUUUUCCAUCGAAGUAGUUGACGCGAUUAAUCACUGUUUUUUCAAUUAUGUGAACCAUGUACAUGAUAUCAUUGAUGUGAUAAACCUUGUUAAGCAAUCGAAUUUAGUUUCAAGUGAAAUUAAAAAGUGAAUGUGGCAAUAAAUGAAUGAAACGACCUCUAUGUAUUUGCGAAUUUCAUAGGUGACGGUAUUUUUAUUGGAAUUGUAGGUGAGGUGUCAAUAGUGUCGGAGUGAAGAUUUUCAGUUAUUCAUACCGUCUGAACGAAUGCAGCGGCAACAUAAAUGAAAUUGUUGAAGAUCCUAAAAUUUUCUUUCAAAGUGUUUCGAAAUUGAAAUUCAUCACUUGACACGACGUGCGCGUACCGUACGUAUAACAUUUAGAAGUUGAACAAAUGAAAAACGAAUUCGACAAAGUCCGACCCGGCGAAAAAGUUUUUUUCUUCCGCGUCUACUUUUCCUUCGAUCUUUCUCAUUCGAGGAAAAAUCGGGGGGAUAAAAUUCUUCGCGGGAGCUUUAUACUCUCGUAAAAGGAGCCUUCCUAUAAGAAAUACAUGGAGCCUGAUACUCGGGAGAGUUGAAGAAGAGCAUUGAUGAUGGAGAAGAAUCUUAAUUCUAGAAAGUUCUGGUUCUGCUCCUACACUGCAGUAACUGCGUGUGCACCUGGUACCGAAUAAAAAUAUAAAAAGGACCCACGCCAACGGCAUCCAACUGCAGCGCCCAUUUCAUCUCUCGGGAAUAAGAGUAACCGGAGAAAAAGAAAGGAAAAAUAAAUACUCGGAAGAAAUAAGAAAUCGCUAUAGCGGUUUCCUGAAAAGAUUGAACGUCUCCUGCUGCAGCUGCUCGGAAAAACGCUUCCAUCUGACUGAAAAAAAAAAAAAAAAAAACAUUCAGAACAAAGGGCCCGGAAAAUCUGAAGAAAAAGAAAAACCAGGAUUCAACUGCGAAGGAUAGGGACUGCAAGCGGCGAGAAGAGAAGCGGCAACUGUGCGCGGGGUAGUCUCGAGUCCUGACCUCUGACCUGACUCUGACCUAUGACCUCUGAGAUGGGCAUAGCUUCCGUAAUUUCACGAUGCUCCUCGAUCCAACGGGUGUCCGGGUAGGCAAAGGUUCGUAUGGAGGGGCCCAGCGAAACGUACAACAGCACGUGGCAUCCGCACUUGUCACCUAUACCAACCGAAGUCCACGAACGUUAUUUCAAGGGAUUUCCCGGCAAAGAUUCACCCUACACCCUCUUCCAGGCAAUAGUGCUCGUCCUGGUUCUCGGAAGUAUAAUCGUCGGAACGGUGAUAGGGAACAUCCUGGUCUGCGUCGCGGUCUGUUUGGUGAAAAAAUUGCGAAGACCUUGCAAUUACCUUCUGGUCAGCUUGGCGGUCAGUGAUAUUUGCGUAGCCUUACUCGUGAUGCCGAUGGCAUUGCUGUACGAAAUACUGGGGACUUGGUCCUUCGGACCGAUAUUGUGCGACCUCUGGGUCAGCUUCGACGUGCUUAGCUGCGCUGCCAGUAUAUUGAACCUCUGCGUCAUAUCCGUUGACAGAUACAACGCCAUCACGAAACCGCUGGAAUACGGCGUAAAAAGAACGCCGAGGCGGAUGAUAUUGUGCGUUAGUCUCGUCUGGCUCGGAGCUGCCUGCAUCAGUUUACCGCCCUUACUGAUAAUGGGCAACGAACAUACUUACACAGAAAAUGGACCGACGCAUUGCACCGUUUGUCAAAAUUUCUUCUACCAAAUAUACGCAACGCUAGCAAGUUUCUACAUUCCACUGAUCGUGAUGAUAGUCGUUUACUACAAGAUAUUCUGCGCUGCGAGGAAAAUCGUCCUGGAGGAAAGACGCGCUCAAAAUCAUUUGGAAGCUCAUUGUUAUCUGGAUAUUGAACCGGCACCUCAUCCAGCGGCUAUAGUUAACCGACAACUUAUCGCCGAUACACAUCCCUCACAGGGGAGUCCUCCCUGCAAGCAACACCGGAGUUCUAGCGGGUCGACUACGUGCAGCAGUCAUGCGGUGAGGUGUUUCGCGGGAGGACCUCGAAGAAGCAACGAAUCUCAGUGUCCGAUGCUGCAAAAAGGCGAGAAGUUCCUUUCAACGGGGGUGUCGGCGCCAGCUGCGACAAAAUCAACGAUAAUUCGCAACCAUUUGAACAGUACGUGUAGCGUAUCGAGUUCGCCACAUCGUAAAAAGUUGCGCUUCCAAUUGGCGAAAGAGAGGAAGGCCAGUACAACAUUGGGCAUAAUAAUGAGCGCGUUUAUAAUCUGUUGGCUGCCGUUUUUCGUCCUCGCAUUAGUCAGGCCAUUUUUGAGCGAUUCGAACGCGAUUCCAGCGGCGCUAUCGAGUUUGUUCCUUUGGUUGGGUUACUGCAACAGCCUCCUCAAUCCGAUAAUCUACGCUACUCUCAACAGAGACUUCCGCAAGCCUUUCAGAGAAAUUUUAUACUUUCGAUGCGGUAAUUUGAAUCACAUGAUGAGGGAGGAAUUUUAUCAAAGUCAAUACGGUGAUCCGGUGAAUAAUCACGUGAUCAGAGCGUACGAUAAUGAGAGUGGAGGAAGAUUCGAAAGUCACGGUGUCGAGUCAUUGGACGUACCUUCCAAUCCGGCGAACGAAAGCUUUCUAUGAUCCACGUGGAACGCGUUUUCGAUAUGCGAUCUAAAGGAUAAUAACACAAACGUCGAUGUGAACCAACUUCGGGAAAAACUUGGAGCUGUACCGGAAAAAACGACGAUUAUUCAAGGCGAUUUGCGAAACGCUCUUACAACUCUGUGAAUAUCUAUGCAUACAUUAUUUUUCUCGACAUUUUGUAUUCUUGGGAACGUUGCAAAAGUUGGACGAAGAGAAGAACUCUGAAAUAAACUCAGAGUGGAAUAAUAUAUUACUUGAUAUAUCGGAUUUCGCGCUAUAAGCUAUACGCGUAUGUAACGUAUAGGGUGCAGAUAGCCGGUAGGGUUUCUUCGCAGCGCUACUAUUGUGAUCAAACGGACACACCGAUGAAAUAUGGGCCUUUGAAGACGCGCCACGCCCGAUGCCGACGUCGCCGUUGAGCCAACCCAGCAACUUUUCACAGUAUCGCAGGAAAUUGUGGCUUGCCUGUGGAAAAAUACGGAAAUUGUGAAAAAUGACGGUAAGGAACGAACGAACGAACGAACGAACGAACGAACGAACGAACGAACGAACGAUCGGCCAGCUUGUCAAUAAGAAGAUGGAUCACCAUUAGCCGGCAAAAGAAUCUCGAGUGGACAGUGCCAAGCGAGAUGAUGAAUGGAAAAAAAACGAUGCACGCGCCCACAUCGCGAUAUUAUUCGAAAGCGGACGAGACUUUCAUUCAUUCUUCCACAAAGGGGGCCAAAGAAAAUGAAAAAGACGCGCACACGAAAAGGAAACAAAUUAAGAAAAAAACAACCAACCGCGGUAAUUCACGUAUUUCACGCGACCUUCGUAUUCGGCACAUCGUUUGUAUCGCUGGAUGGCACUCGACGGAUCGAUUGGCCGAGAUAAAUUCUCUAAUUUGAAAUUCCCCGCUUAUCAAUGGAUCGAAAGCUGGCCUUUAAUCAUCCAGAAUUUGCCCAGAAACUGUCGGGUAUGCCAAGUGCAUUGAAAAUCUCUCCACGGUUCAAUGACUGUUCGAUUCCAACGAAUACCGCAGCUGAGGUGAUCGGAAAUGGGUAUGACUCGUGCGGUCAAAGGGUUGAAAGAAAUGGCUGUACGAAUGAAGAACAGAACAAAAAUGUGCGUGACAAACAUUGUACUAUGAACAAAAUCCAGUCACGAUUAUAUGGACUGAAAAAAUUACUACACACAAAAAAAGGUAUCAAAAGAAAAAAUAAAAUAAAAUAAAAAGAAAGACGAAAUAAAAUAAAAUAAGGUCGAGGUGUGCCAUCGACAAACAAAGUAUUUCGAUUCUGAAAAAGCCCAAUCAUCUUGUCAGCUGAGUACACACUUCUGAACUCAUCGCAUGGUGGGGUGGCAACGGUUGCUACACAUUAUAUCCUAUGUCGAGUCGUGUAGGUAACGUUCAACUGUUCAAACAAGUGAACUGAUCAGCCUAUAGCGUCACGCAAAUCGGAUGAGGCUUGGUUUUUGUCUUCGAAUGAGGAGAAGAAAAAAAAAAAAAUGAUUCCGGAACUUGGAAUACACGGUCCAGCAUCAAAUAUGGUGAAAAAUAUUAUGCAUCCCGACCGAAACAAAAAGGAUGAAAAAUCUGAUGAUCAAAUGAAUAAUCAAUGAUGAUAUAUUUGAAUGAAUGGAAACAUCGAACAAUCGUACGAUCGGAACGUGAUCGAAUUUUCUCAAUUUUUAUCAUCGAGUAAAUUACAAAAAUCUAUAAAAUUUUUUAUUCCAUAAUUUUCAAAAUUCUCUAUCAAAAAACGGAAAUACCGACGAUCUGGAGCGGCAAAGUGUAUUUGCUCGUCGUCGAAAUGUUGAAUUUCGAUAGAAAAUGGCCGAUUUUUUAUUUCCUAAUGAAAAUUGAUCAUGCUAGUCAAAUGUAAGUAUACAUUAACACAGACCCACAGACAUAUAUUAGUUUUGUAAUCAAUGUAUAAUUUCAAAUUUAUAUCUUUAUAAUGAAAAUGUCUGCCAAAACAUAAAUAUAUAUAAUAUAUAUCGAAUGUAUAAUUUUAAUUGACGAUGCAUUGCAUUGAAAUUAUGUGUAAAAUACGUUAAUAAUUUAUAUUUCAAUGAUUGAAGACGAAAAUAAAAAUAACCAAAGAUCAAUAGUCUAAUUUAUGAUGUUGUUCGAUGAUUUUGAAUUAGGAUUAUUCUUACUAUAAUUAUUAUUGUCGUUAUCAAAAUGAUAUCAUGUCAAUGACAGCUCCGAACCAAAAAGCCAUUUUCAACUAUCGAGUAUACAGUGAGAAUAACUUAAAAUUAAAACGUACCAAGAUCGGUCGAUCGAUUGAUUAAUCAGUUGUCCGAUCAACUUCAUACGAGACUAAUCAAUUAAUCAAUUGAUCCGAAAAAUAAGGGGGGAAAACAUUGAUCAAGAUGAAAAACCAAACGCAAAGUGAUAGGAUUCAAGAGUAUCUAUCUAAUCCGCACGUCGUCACUAAUCACUACAGUGCGAUAAGAACGUUUACCGAUUAACAAAUAAAAUGUUACUAUUGUAAACAGGUAACGUUCAAUAAUUAGUAGUUUUUAAAUACAUAAGUACGUAAGCUUAAAAUACCAACUACGUGUAUAUUAUACACGCGGUUAUUUGGUGUUACACCAAAAUUAAAUAUACUAAUUACGUAGUAUUUACAUCGUAUCUAGUCUUCGGCACCGAAAUGAAUUUAGAAAAAGAAAAUAUACGGUAGUCAACCUUUAGAGUACCGGGAGACCACUUAUGUGGUGGUACAGAACAAAUUGUUCAAUCCAUGUUUUGUACUCGUAUGUUCCUGUAUUUAUACGGACAUUAACACCCUUUGACAUAAAAAACAUGUUUAUUCAAAGACUAGAGAUUUUCAGUAAUCUCAAAGCUAGCAAAUUCAUUUACUAAUUACCAGAAAACGUAUUCACUCCAAUCGACAGCUGGUGGUCACUCAACCCAACGUUAAUUAAUGCACGUAUGAACGUGAAAUCGUUAAUAGAUCGAGUUUCCGUAAUGAGAGGUAUGGAUUUCCAUGAAAAAGAAAAACAUGUUGUUUCGCAAAUUCAAAUUCUGUACCGUUGCGGGCCGGUACCACCGAGGUACCGUUUUCACUACUUUUUUAUCGAGAUUUGCUACUUUGCUACUCCAAAUCUCGGUACUCUAAAGGUUAACAAUUCAACGGAGAUAAAAACGAAAAGAUUCGCGAGGGUUGACGAGAGGGUUGUCCUGAAUUCAUCUCCGUUCAAAUCAGCCGUCGAUCUCAAUAAUGAAAUUUCAAAAUUUCAUCAGCGUAACUGCUUUACUACCUAAUUGCCGAUAAUUUUUCGUACGAUCUUUGGUGCCCUGGGUAUAAUUUUAUUAAAAUUCACCCAUUAACAAGUAGGCGCCUACAUAACGGACGUCCUCAAAUUACAUUUACGACAUGAUCGUACAAAUAUGCGUGGCGUACGGUUCGAUGUCGCUCACUAUUUGGGCGUCCGGUCACAAUCCUGACUUGACUCGAGGGCGACCGAGGGCGAAAUAGGGCGCUUGCGCGCCGGGCUACUUGUUACCCCUAAUGGUCUUUGGUAUUGGUACCCUACCACAACCUGAUUUAAAUGAAAAUGUAAAUUUUAAUAAAAUUACACCCAGGGCCCCGAAGAUCAGUCGGGUAGUAAAGCAGUUGUUUUGAUAAAAUUUCAAUUCUCCAUCACCUUUUUGUAAGGGGUGACCGACGAUUUACUUCAAUGCGAAUGUGUUCGGGUCAACCUCCUCUGCGACCCGCAAAAACCCUUACCCCUUGAGAUAAUGGGAUGAUAAAGUAAAGUACAUAAUUACGUUAUUCUAAAAUUCAUUAGUAUUUGGGAACAUUGACGAUAUCUGAAAUCCAUGAUAAGGAAUUAGAGAACAGAGAAAAGAAAAUAAUAAUAAAUAAAUAUAAUAGAGUAGAGAAGAAGAAAUAUACUGAAAUUGAAGAAAAGUUGAUCAUUCGAGUAAAGCUCGAGUUUGGCUAUAAUAACACGUUCACUUUUUCAUUUCAUUUCAUUAGUUUAUUCAUUUCUAUUUCACGAAAGAAGAUUGAGGGUAUCUUCUUAUUCUUCUAUUCGACUGUCAACUCAUCGAGCGAAACAAGUGAAAAUUAUUGACUCAAUGAAAAAGUUCUAUGUCAACGUAAAAAUGAAAAAAAUCGUCGCCUGAAAAGCUUUGAAAAUCGCCAUUUGCAAUACGAAUAACGAAUCGAUAAAAAAUUAAUUGAAAAAAAAAACUCUUCGGAAUUAAAAUUCGUGGAUGAUGUGGGUUAAAGGUAACAAUUAAGGGUGAGGUAUUUAAUUCCAAAUGAAUUUCGUUAGGAUUAACACGCAAGGGAUAUCUACGUGUGCGAUGACUCUGACGCCCGUUUAUUUUUAUCCUGAUACAUCGAAUCCGUUCAAUGGCAAUGAAUAUAUACCUUUAUUUUUAUCCUACACGAGGAUCUCGAUAACCUCCAACUCCGGAUUUAGAACCACCGCCUUAUCUCGUCUAGCGGGCGUCCAUAAAACAACAACAAAAAAAAAAACAACUACCGUCUCCGAUGAAGGAUAAAAAUACGUUCACGAUUCACAAAUCUUAAUUACGCUUUUCGAAUCGUCGAAAUAGAAGCCAAAAGAAAACGAACGAAUGAUAAUCAACGUAUACUUUGUUCUCUAUACUACAAUCGUGUUGGACAAAAAAUAUAAAAAAAAAUCUAUCCAUACGAAAUUUCUAACCAGUAUCAAUGAAAUAUAAUUUUUCGUUUCUAAUUAUUUGUCAAACCUUUGAGAUAAUUAUAGCUCCUAAACUUUCAUAGACUGUAUAAUAUAAUGCUAAUAUCUAGAGCAUUUUAGAUGAUAAUAAUUACAACCUCGAUUACAACAAUAUGAAUAAAAAUUUCAAAUAAAUGUGGAAAACGUGUUAGGAUUUGACGAAGAAAAUAAAAUGAAAAAUAAAAGGAUUAGUGUAAAUUUCCUGUACAUACGAAAGAAAAAACUAUCUGUGUUAAAUACCAAUAGGUAGGUACGUACGUACGUCUGAUAAAAUGAUAGAAAUAUGAUAAUAUUUGUGUGUAUAUUAUGUUAUAUAGUAAUGGAAUUUCGGGAUCGAAUGUGACGUGCGAAAAAUUAAAAAUAAGAAAGAGAGGUGAAUAAAAAUAUUCGAAAAGAAAUUGUGAGAAUAAAACGUGAAGUGUCGAAAAAAGCAACAAAAAAAAAAAUGAAAAAGGAAAACGAAAAUGAAAAAAAAAUUAGAUCGUAUUUAUUGUCAUACGAUUCUAGUUGAUGUUAUUAUAAUAUUGUUGGGCUGAGUAGACUGCUUGUCAAUUUAAACUUUUUCUAAACGGAUCGACUGACUGUGAGCGUUAGAUGAACGAACGUAAAUAUGUGCACUGGGUUAUGAAUGAAUGAUUACUAGGAAAAUCAAUAAUUAAUAAAUUGAAGCAAAAGAUGGCAAACAAUUAAAUUAGUGAACGUAGAAAGUAUUGAAAUAAAAUGACGAAUUAGGGCAUUUUUUGACAAUUACUAACAAUAUAAGAGUAUCUAAAAAAAAUUCAUUGAGUAAAUUGUUAUACACGUAACAAACGAUACCAGUUGGUAAUAUAUUAUAGUGAAAUUCUUUGAAAGACAAUCAUUUCAACAUUCGUAAGUAUAAAAUAUAUUACUGUACCAUAAUAAUUGAAAAAAAAAAAAGAAAAAACUGAAUUAUUAAAAGUGUAAUUUUCGAUUACUCGAAAAAUUGAAUGCUAGAAAAUUGAAAAAAGAAAAACAAAAAAUUUAUUCGAUGCUCGCAGAUCCAUUUAAUUUUUUUCUUUUCUGAACUGUAAUAAAAAUAACGAGAGACGCAGAAAUAUCUUGAUCAUUUAUCCUGCAUCAGACAAAAAAUUUAUAUCGUUGAUUAUUUCAUCUUUUAAUUACCUAUUUAUAAUUGUAAUGAGGAUAAUUUAUUUUCUCAGAUAUGUUAUUGUAUAGUUAUCAUUCAUACAAAAUUGACGAAGAGGGGAGAAAAAAAGUUGUAAAUAAAAAAAUUAUACAUAGUUACACGUAAUGAUAUAGUAUACAUGUAUAUUCAUAAAAAUAUAAACCCGUGAUGAGGAUGAAAUUGAAAGUUGUGAUUACUGAAUGUACCAAAUAAGUGGCUUGGUAAGAUAUUAGAAAAAAUGAGUUGAAUAGAAUAUGAUGAACAUGAAUAAUAAAACAAUAAUAUCGUCAAAUAUGCCCUAUGUAGUAUCUGUAUAGCUUCCUAAUAAGGAAUAAUGAAUAUCUCUAUGAAUCAGCAUGGCUAAAAAAAAAUGAAAAAAAAUACAAUGCAACAUAAUAAAGAAAAAACGAAAAGACAUUGAAAGUCUGCUAGACAUUCAACCUGAAA